AUGCAAACAUGGGCACCAGAGAAGUCGCAAAUGUUUUCCUUAAGCCUUUCCACACCGCUUCAAGGCUUAUUCACAAAACAUUCCCAUUUAAAUGUCUACGACCGGUUGAGUAUUGCUUGUGAGUAAGUGGCUUAUGAUAACUAUUUAACUAUGUUUAUUAUAAAACAUGUUAAUAAAGUAUAAUAAAACAUGAGGUUAACGGGAAAAUCUAUUAACCUAAUUUUAAAAUUUAAUAUGGUGAAUUAAUUAUAAAAUUUUUAAACGUUAUUUAUAAUUUAGCGCUCAUAAACAGUUUGUUUUUUGCUUAAAUAAGUGUCCUGAAUCUAAGUCACGCCAAGUAUUGGAAGCAGGUCAAAGUUCAUGGUCUUUUAUUUGUAACUCGUUCGAAGAUAGUACAGGUAUUGCAGUUUUUAUUUUGAUAUCAUUGUAAACCUUUUAUAUUUUUAUGUAAACAACUGUAAAGUCUUCCAAAUUCAAAUUUGAUAUUUCUUGCAGACUUCCAGGACGAAGUUUUACCGUGUUGGCAAGCUCACGGCGAGCUCAUUUCCACCAAAUGCCAUAUACAUGCUGUUAUGGUGCACAGCAGUGUAAUGGAUGUUAUCCAAAACGGAUGGUCCGACCCAACCUCGACGUUAGACGAUCUGUGUCGUAGUGUUACGUUGUACGACAAGUGCUACAUCGGACAAAGCGAUGUGCUUUGCGGACAAAAGGGUUGGAAGUUUCUGUUACAAUUAAACACACGUAACUCAAUGUAA